AUGAAGCACUUUGUCCCGCUGGAGUGCAACCCCGACGUUUUCAACAACCUGCUGGGGCUACUGGACGUGAGCGGGGUUGAAUUUCAAGACAUCUGGUCUCUGGAUCCGGAAAUGCUGGCGUUUCUGCCCCGCCCGGUCCGCGCGGUGCUGCUGGUCUUCCCAAUUUCCCCAGCCUACGAAGCCUACCGUUCGGAAGCGGACUCAAAAGUGCCUGAAUACACGCUCAGCGGUGACGAAGAGAGAGCGAGAUGGUAUAAACAGACUAUCGUGAAUUCUUGUGGCACAAUGGCUUUAUUACAUGCUAUUUCGAACGUUGUGCCUGCCAACAGUCUGGGCCCUGUAGCGGCCAAGAUUGUGGCGGAAACUAAAGACUUGUCGCUCGCAGAACGGGCAGAAUAUCUCGAAAAUAGCGAAAUGCUUGAAAAUGCUCAUGCUGCUGUGGCUGGCCAAGGAGAAACGGAAGCGCCAGAGGCAACUGACGAGAUCGAGUUCCAUUAUGUUUGCUUAGCGGCCAAGGAUGGCGAGCUUGUUGAAUUGGAUGGCCGGCGAAAGGGCCCUGUUUUCCGGGGUAAAUUGGACGGUGAGGAUGUGCUCUGUCCGGCCGGCCUGAAGGUCAUUCAGGAGUUUAUGCAAAGAGAAUCUGGUAACAGUUUUUCGAUGAUCGCCUUAGUCCCCCGCUAA